AUGGCGAAAGAAAUCAGUGCGCAUACGGCCAAUGGCAAGCUUGCUGAUGCUACCUUCAUCAUCAUCGGUGCUGGUUUUGGCGGUAUUGCCACGGCAAUUGAGUUGAAGAAAAGAGGAGCAGCGGUGAAAGUCUUUGAAUCUUACUCAGACAUGAAGAAACAAGGGGAUGUUAUUAUGAUCGGAUCAAAUGCUACCUGCAUCAUCGAACAUUGGGGUCCUGUGCUUGACGAACUCGUAAAAAUUGCAUCUCAACCUCCAGUGAUGAGUAUCCAGGACAAGUCCGGGAAAGUGCUCCUCGACCAACAUCUACCCGCCGAGUUCAGAGGCCAUCCUAACGUCUUCACGAACCGUGGCCGAGCACAGCAAUUAAUGUAUGAUUAUGCAGUCUCUCUUGGAGUUGAAAUCCUUUUGGGGAGCCCUGUCAUCGAAGUAUUCGAGGAUGACAGCUCGGCCGGCGUGGUGGUUGGCUCGAAUAAAUACGCCGCCGAUGCUGUGAUAGCGGCGGACGGUGUUCACAGCAAGGCUCGAAACUUUAUUACUGGCCAGUCGGAGAGACCGAAGAAGAGCGGGUUCGCGGUCUAUCGAUCCUGGUUCCCGCUGCAGAAUCUGAAGAGUGACCCAGUUACGGCACCGAUUGCAGAGUCGCCAACGCCUUUGUUCAAAAUCUGGAUCGCGGAGGACACACACGCCAUCCUGACCACGAAUGUCAAGCUGCAAGCAGCCACAUGUUUUGUAACUCACAAGGACCUAUCAGAUAUUAAAGAAGACUGGAAUCUUGCAGGGGACAAGAAAGACAUGGAGAAGUGCGUCCAGGGUUGGGAUCCGCUUUUGAUCAAGAUUAUCCAGCAAAUUCCGCCAGAGUGCCUGAUUGACUACAAGCUCCUCUGGAGAGAUCCCGUCCGGCCAUGGGUUUCCGCCAAGGGCCGCAUCUGUCUAGUCGGAGACUCAGCUCAUCCUCACCUAGCUACUUCAGGCACGGGAGGAGCCCAAGCCAUAGAAGAUGGCGCGACGCUGGGAGUUCUGCUCGAAAAGCUGGGUCGGAAAGACAUACCGCUCGCAUUCAGGGCCUACGAGAGACUACGAUACGAGCGAGUGAGUCUGACACAGCGGAUGGGUUGGGAAACACGGCACGCAUGGCAUCAGACGGAUUGGGAGUUGGUGGCCAAGGAUCCCAAUGCCCUCUCCCUACCACAACCGGAGUGGCUGAACGGCGUGGACGCUACCAAAUAUGCAGGCGAGAAAUUCGACGAAGUGAUAGCAAAUAUUCAGUCUGCUACGCCUUUUGUCUCUACGAAUAUUCCAGAAGGCUACGUCCAUGAGGAUUGGACUAUCGAGCAGAUGCUGGCUUACGAAGGCAAGAAGGCAGACAAGGACUUUUACCGGACACGAUGA